CUAAACUUAUACAUGUACAGUAUUAAUAUAACUGCCAAGUACAGGCAAACCCAAUUUAACCUAUAGUUUUAUAAACGGGUUAAAACAGCGGCAACAUCUCUGACUGUAUUCGAAACGUACUCUGUUCUAAUCUUGUGGUGUCAAUCAUCCCAUGACUGUUUCAUAUUUCUAUUCAAACCUCCCAGUUGAAUUCCAGGAUACUACCUUCAACAUCCUUCCUUGUUAUUCGAUCUUUCACAUUAGUCAAGUCCUUUCAAGUUCCUGUUUUUAAGCGACCUGCAUUCAAGAAAUUUGACUUGUGUGAUAGAGGCUUCCUCUAUUUCUACUUUUUUAUCGUCUAUGCCAUAGACGAUAAAAAAACCUAAACGAAGCUUGCGAAACACUAGUUACAGAACAAAGCUAUAUGCUUAUAAAUGAAAAGGACAGAACUAGUUCUGAACCUCAGAAAUAGCUUUAUAGACUCUAUGGUCAAGCCUGGCCGUCGUGACCCCUUUCGGGGUUUCCUUGCCAAAGUACCACGGUGGUUUCGCCUUGCCUUCCUUUACCCACCAGACUGGAAAAGGAGACGCGGACAAACAUCCAUGUCUUGAGUGGGACUCCAACUCACGGUCGCAGCGCACGAGGACCAUGCCUUAGACCGCGUGGCCACUGCGCUGGCCUAUUUCUACAAGCAGACUGUUAAGCAUUUAUUUCACGUGUGCAUCAGUUCUUAGGGCCGUUUCACACUGUCGACCGGUCACCGCCGACCAGUCGCUGAACGACCACUAGGUAGAGAAGAUAAUACGAGUUUACACACGAGGGCGACCGCGACCAAUGGCCGCCGUCGACCUACAAGCAGUGAGCGACGCACGGGAGACCAACGACCACGAGAUACAUAGAUGGCAAUCACGUGUUCACAUUGCGGGCGACUCAGUCAGCGACCAGAGCUCAGAGAGGUGACAUAUCCAUUGUUUCUUGUUUUCUCCCGUCUUGUUCAUGUUACUCAAGUGAUUAGUAUAUCAUGAGUUUUGAUACUGAAAGAUUUAUUUCGGUCGUAGAGUCACGAAGAGCCAUUUGGGACCUUGCAAGAUCCGAUUAUGCAAACAGGGAGUUGAAAAAAAGUCAGUGGGAAGAGGUUGUGGAAUUGUUUGGCGGGGAAGGACUUCCUGAAGCGUCGAAAAAGGAUCUAGACUGUCCAAAUGCUUCAUCGCCAACAAUGAAAUAUGGUACAGUUGGGGAAAUUUGCCCUGACGUUGAACUCGUCUAUUUCAAGCCAUUUCUCCCUCGUAGGUACAGGGAUAUCUCUCCAAAAAAAAUGGAAAAAUAUCAGAAGCUGCUUCGCGAGAGAGGUAAGAAGAUUGAAAAACAUUAAAAGUGGUUCUGCAGCAUCACGAAAGAGUGAAUAUAUUUUCUAUAAUCAACUUUCAUUUUUAAAAACCACAACUGAAACCCCAACUUCUGCAAACAGCAUGUCAGAAGAGGUUGGUUCUUCCGACCAAAAUGCUACUGGGCCAUACCCGGAACAUCGCUCGGCUACCAGAGGGAAAAGGCAAAGA